AUGCCGAAGCGUAAGGCAGGGGAGCGUAUCACUGGUCAGCCCGCGAACAAGAAGAAGACCGAUGAGAAUAAAGCACAACCAAAAACCUCUCGUUCUUGUGACCAGUGUAAACGUGAGAAACAGUGCUGUACUGGUAGCCAUUGUUACAAUUGUGUCCAGGGGGAGCUAGAGUGCACACGAGUGGGAUCUAGUCCUGUGUGCAAGGAAUGUGCUGAGGGGGCGCUCAGUUGUAGCGGUGUCUUCGGGAAGUGCGAGACUUGCGCUCGAAAGAACAGAGUCUGUACUUACCAGUACGCGGUAGAUCGCUCAGAAGGCUUUGCAACCAAGCCAGGUCCUGCCCAUAUCUUUGGUGCCGUGCUUCAGGUCAGACCGGACUUGGAGCCGAUGAUCCUUGAAGCACUAUACCAGGAGAUGCCAGGAACGGGUCUUUCAGUUCUCAGCUUCUUAGCAAAGCGAUCCCAGGAAGACCAGAUGGCUCUUAACAAAAGAUGGAAACAAGGCAAAGUACAAAUGCUCGUGGAUCAAGUUUGCGAGCGAUCUACUAUGUCGGCAUAUAGCGAAGCCCCCGCUGGACCAGCUGCUAGACCAGCUGCAACACUCUCUACUACUGGAGUACCCGCUCUUCCAGUUCAUCCCGGUGGUCUAGUGCAACCUGGUCAUGGUGCUGCAAAUCCCCUCUACGGUCUGGCUCAAGGCCUCCCUGGUGCUCUACCCGGUGAUGUUCAUCACGAAUAUCAAAACUACGGACUCAAUACUCUCUACCAGGGUCAUCCCAGUGGUAUGACUACGAGCUAUCAUGGUACUAAUGCGAAUGUCUACACGGGUCUUAGCUACACUGACCCUGGAACUGGCACUCUCAUCGCGCACUCCUCUGGUCCCCUCGCCAACGCGAAUCUACCCCAAUAUCCUACAACUGGCCAGGGUAAUCUUGCGGCUGUUCAGAUGGGCAAUCUCUGGGACCAGUCUGCGGAACAAGAUAAUUCUGCUCGCGCUCUUUACGGUGAUCCCGGUGCCUCCCGUCGUGAUCUCAACGAUGGCUUUGUCAGAACGAUUCCUAUCCGUACCCAGACCCCCUUGAAUAUUCCCUUAGGAGAAUCUUCUGGUGGCGAACCCCGUAUCACAGAGGCUCCGCACAAAAGUCCUCCGAAGAAGCUUACUUUUGACUGCCUCCAGAAGACUGUUGUAGGUGAUCCCUCUACACCAUCCGAGAAUAUUGACGCCGGCCAUCAUGACACUAGUCAUCACGACACCAGCCAUCACUACACUAGCCAUCAAGAUGCCAGCCAUUACGAUGCUAGCCACCACGAUGCUAGCCACCACGAUGCGAGCCAUCACGACACUAACCACCAUGGCACUGGCCAUCAAGACAUCAGCCAUCACGACACUAGCAAUCAUGACUCUAGCAAUCACGAAGAUAGCCAUCCCGACGCCAGCCGUCACGAUGCUAGCCAUCACGAUGCCAGCCACCCCGACAACAACCAUCCCGACGAUAGCCCUCAUGAUGCUAGCCAUCACGACACUGGCCAUCAUGACACUGACCAUCAUGACACUAGCCACCCUAACACUAGCCAACCUGACACAAAUCCAGGUGACCCCGCCGAAGCUGCCGCCGAUACGACUCUCAGAGUCUAUCCGAACCACGAGGGUACUAAUCUCACGAUAAGCUUUGACUUCCAGCCCAUCGAGGAGUUCAUGCGUGACCUGGGACUAGAGUACGAGAGCGAUUAG